UCUCUCUCCUCCACCGUCGACCGUCGGCGCUUGCCUGUUGUGCACUUCUCUGAAUAACCACGCUAUAUAUGCUGCAAGAGACUCAUAGCACGGAUACGGAGACAUCCAUCAGUCUCUCCCAAGGAGUACAAUGUCAAGAGCGUGAUCAAUCGCGCCUUCGGACUUCAACUCCGGGAUCCCUAACGAGUCUCCCAUUCGACUUGAUCCACAUCCUACUCGACUACACGGGCUCCAUUGACCUCGUCCACCUAUGCAGUACUUGCAAAGAACUAUAUACACAUCUCGAGAACCCGUCCGUUUGGAUACGCUUAUGUGCAUCCUAUGGCCUUCGGGACUUUACGCGCUUCGGCGACAUAUCUCCUCGGACUAUCUACUCUUCUCUUCUCUAUCCGUAUGGAGGGCUGCUUGGACUAUGGGCAGGAGACCAUCCGUUUACUGGGAGUAUCAUGGAGUACAGGCUCUUCCCAGGAGACGAGCAUGAGCAAGGAGGCAUCGUAGGCGAGGUCUGGCAUUUUGCUAGAUCACAAACCGCCACAGACGACGACGCUGUCCCUCCUGACUACAUCCGCGUGCUCAAGAUCAGUUUCGGAAAUUUGCCUGCAGACUUCCCCAGUUCACAAGCAGACGGACCUCUUACCGACGAUACCCCCAAAGUUCACGUCAUUUGCGAUACCAACGCUCUGCCUUCUGAAGCCCCACAUCCUUCCCAGGACGUCCCUCCAGAUACCAGAAAGGUCGGAACCCCGCACCUUUCCUCCCUCGGAAUCAUACCCUCAUCCAGAACCGUACAUCAUAUCGAAUUCUACCGCCGGACAGUCGACCUCCCCGAAUUCCCCAAACCCGACGCGGCCUGGUUCGACAGCUCGCCCUCGCGCCUCCCGCGCCUCCGCGCCCUCCCCGCAGAGCCAGACGCAGACCAGCGUAGCAUCAUCAAGAUCUUCCCCGCGAUGCAGCUCCCGAGGAUCUGGAGCUCCCCGACCGCGACCGUCCCGCGCCCCGCGAUCUCCAUCCGCUGCCCCUAUAAACACCAGUGCGCGUGCUUCGCGCUGCGCGUCCCCCCGCUACCGUUCACGGCCCUUGACCCGGCGCACUCGCAGUACUAUCCCAUGAAGCGCGACAUCGUGCCUGGGGUCGACCCGCGCUCGCCCGGGUUCACGCUUGAUAGCCUCCGGGGAAUCUGGUAUGGCUCGUACGGCAUCGACGGGACGGAAGUCCUGCAUGUUGCUCGCGCGGCGCCCUUGAUCAGCGGGAUGGGCGCGACGAAGCUCACGGGGGAUAUUCACGUCCCCCGGGGGGCAAUCACUUGGAUCGUAGACGACGCUGGGGAGGAAAGCGAGGACGUCCGGCUAGCACGCGAGUUUUGGGCUGAGAUGCGUGGGGAGCAGCCCGCGCGUCUUUAUACUGGGAGGGGUGUUCUGGCAGCGCGAGGAUUCGUGUAA